AUGAGAGUCAUUGAAUUUUUCAGUGGUAUUGGUGGAAUGCAUUUCGCCCUGAAAGAAUGCAACUUGGAAAAUUUUGAAGUUGUCCUAGCUGUAGAUAUAAAUACAGUAGCAAAUGCAGUGUACAGACAUUUUUUUCCAUCGACUAACCUUAGAGAUAUGAACAUUCUUUCACUUAGCCCAGAACAAUUUGAUGCAUACCAUCCGGAUGUAUUAUUGAUGAGUCCACCGUGCCAACCUUUCACGAGAAAUGGUCUUGUCAAGGAUAUUAAAGAUGAAAGAACAAAGCCACUGCUGCACAUUAUUGAAAAUAUAAUUCCGAAAUCGGAAUCGCUUAAAUAUAUUUUAGUGGAAAAUGUUAAAGGAUUUGAAAGUUCUUUGGCUAGAGACAAAUUAGUCACCUCUUUGAGUCAGUCAGGUUUUACGUUUAAAGAAUUUCUACUUAGUCCCACACACUUUGGCAUUUGCAAUUCAAGAUUGAGGUAUUAUUUAUUAGCCAAGAAGAAACCAUUAGAUUUUGCAAUAUCCUUACAAAAUGAUAUCAUAACUGAAAAUUAUUGGGACGAUAAACUGUGCAGCCGCGUUCAACAAGUUUCAGAUGUAUUGAGCGAAUCCGACACAGAAUUAGAAGAAUAUUUAAUUAAUGACAAGCAACUAUUAAAAGGCGGCAAAGCCUUAGACAUUGUUACCAAAUACAGUAAAAGAUCAUGUUGUUUCACUCGUUCAUACAGUUCAUAUUUAUGUGGCACAGGUUCUGUGUAUUCCAGUCUAUGCGAAGAAAAUAUCAAAGAAAUUAUUAAUAACAAUGACGAUAAUUUAGAAGUGCUGAAAAGUCUAAAAUUAAGAUUUUUUACACCAGCAGAGGUGGCAAAAUUUAUGUGUUUUCCUGUAUCAGAUUUUCCAGUCAGCAAAAAAAAGGCAUACCAGCUUCUAGGAAACAGUAUAAAUGUUUAUGUUGUUUCUCGGUUAUUAUAUUUAUUAUUGCCUUAA